GUGGGAGUUGAAGAUGAGUGCUGCUGCAGAGAUCUGAAGUCAUUUUGCCUGGAAUUAAUUUGUGAAAUGCUUUCGUUGAAGCACUUGGACUCUCUCCAGAGAUUCUUUUGCAUAAGCAGCACACUAAUGUCUGUGUCUCAUCCACAGGCACAGAGUUCUGCUAAACCUCUUCUUCAGACUAGUCCUUUUGCCAUGGAAGCUGAAGAAACGAUGGAAUGUAUCCAGGAAUUCCCUGAACACUAUAAAAUUAUUUUGAAUAGACUGAAUGAACAACGUGAGCAGAACCAGUUUACGGAUAUCACUCUGAUUGUCGAUGGUCACCAUUUCAAAGCUCAUAAGGCUGUUCUUGCUGCCUGUAGCCAGUUCUUCUACAAAUUCUUCCAAGACUUCACUCAGGAGCCCUUGGUAGAGAUUGAAGGUGUAAGUAACAUGGCAUUUCGUCAUCUAAUUGAGUUCACCUAUACAGCAAAACUAAUGGUCCAAGGUGAGGAAGAAGCAAAUGACGUUUGGAAAGCAGCCGAGUAUCUACAGAUGUUAGAAGCAAUCAAAGCACUUGAAAUCAGGAACAAAGAAAAUUCAUCACCCUUAAAAUCAAAUCAAAUGCAAGGUAAAAAUAAACUGAAAAAGAGGAAGAUAGCUGAAACCUCAAACGUUAUCACAGAAACACUGCCAUCUGCAGAAUCGGAGCCUGUUGAAAUUGAGGUUGAGAUUGCUGAGGGGACAAUUGAAGUGGAAGAUGACAGCAUUGAAACACUUGAAGUAGCUUCUGCAGAGCAAUCUAUAAAGUAUAUGCAGACAAUGGGCACAUCAGAUGAAUCUGCUUUGGCUCUUUUAGCAGAUAUCACCAGUAAGUAUCGUCAGGGAGAGACAAAAUGCCAGAUCCAAGAAGACGAUAGCGCAACUGAUCCCUCAUGCAAACAGGUAGAAGGUAUUGAAAUUGUGGAACUUCAGCUGUCACAUGUGAAGGAUUUAUUCCAUUGUGAGAAAUGUAACCGUUCAUUUAAAUUGUUUUACCAUUUUAAGGAACACAUGAAAACACACUCUACUGAGAGUUACAAGUGUGACAUAUGUAAUAAAAGGUACCUACGAGAGAGUGCUUUGAAACAGCACCUCACCUGUUACCACCUUGAUGAAGGUGGUGCCAGCAAGAAGCAAAGACCUGGCAAAAAAAUACAUAUAUGCCAGUACUGUGAUAAGCAGUUUGAUCACUUUGGACAUUUUAAAGAGCACCUCCGGAAGCACACAGGUGAAAAACCAUUUGAAUGUCCAAACUGCCAUGAACAUUUUGCUAGGAACAGCACACUCAAAUGUCACCUGACAGCCUGUCAGUCUGGAGCUGGAGCUAAAAAGGGAAGAAAAAAGCUGUAUGAAUGUCAGGUUUGUAAUAGUGUGUUUAACAGCUGGGAUCAAUUUAAAGAUCACUUGGUAACACACACCGGUGACAAACCCAACCACUGUACCUUAUGUGAUUUGUGGUUUAUGCAAGGCAGUGAGCUAAGAAGGCAUCUCAAAGACAUGCACGAAAUUUCAGAACAAAUAGUGACAGAAGAGCUUCUUCCAGUGGAAGCUGUGGAAGCUGAACCAGUAACAUCAAUGACUAUAAUAGAACAAGUGGAACAAGUCCAUGUCUUGCCAGUAAUUCAGGUACAAGUGGAUCCUGCACAGGUAACUGUGGAACAGAUGCACCAGGAUCUCAUACAGGACAGUCAAGGGAAAGGCACACAAAUGGAGGAACUGCAAGAACAGGUGCAAAUUAGUUACUUGGAAGUUGAACACAUUCAGACUGAACAAGGUGCUGAAGUUCAUGUGGAGCAGUUACACAUUGAGCAGGUAAAUCAAAUACAGAUGGAAGAAGUACAGUCAGAACUUAUAUAUGGAACCAACCUGGAACAAGUAGAAUAUGAAAGUGUUGAUCAUGGAGAAGCAGAAGAAAAGGAAACUAGUCAAGGACAUGAUGUAGAUAAGGAAGAUCAUGAACAAGCUGAAGACUUAAAAACUCAACAGUUAGUGGACACGCAGAAUGAAAAAGUGGAUGACUAG